ACACAGGGAGAACAGAUAAGCUAAAGUUUGCUUGUAGAGGGGGGCAGGAGUCAGAGUCCUGGACGGACAGCAGUUUACUUUCGCUCUGCAGGACUCACAGUCCAACCACACAUUCUCCCUCUCAGCCGAUCUCUCUCUCUCUCUCUCUCUCUCUCUCUCUCUCGUAAAGUCUGCCAGCACUCUGAAUCAAGGAAGCAGCCUCCAGCACAGAGAAGCACACAUACCAGAAACAGCUCAAGAAGACACUUCUACAGGCAGCCAUGAAGGACAAAGUGAGAAGAGGAGGGGGAAGAAGUCAAGCCAAGGCUGGUGAUGUAAUCGGCGUGACUUUUGGAAAUGAAGCCCCUGUUAUUAAACAUGAUGAGGACACGUUCCCUGUGAAGAUCCAGGGAGCAGGAGUAGAGUCAUUUGAACUUCAGGUCCGUGGAUUUUGGCUCGUUCAGGAUGCAUUAGCGAGCCUGCUUUCGAGGAGUGAGGUGUGUCCACGUUCCAACCUGUCACUUUCCCUCGCUGGCGCAACCCUGGAUCCACUUGCUCCACUGCAAAGCCUCAAGGGCCUCAGAGCUGGAGCCAUCCUUCGCCUGGUGGAAGAACCCUACGGCUCUCGCUCAGCCAGGCUCCAUCUGGCUCGUGUGGUGGAGCUGCUGAGAGCGUCCGGACCUCAGGACGCUCUGAGACAAGGACGCUCGCCCAGCGUACUGGAGACACUCACGCAAGCACAAACUGCAGAAACUGGCGUCGCAAAUGGAAAGAACCUGAAACGCUCGUCCGCCAACGCAAAAACAGAAUCAUCCAGCAGUGAUGGCUCUCCGCCUGAGUACCUUCUCCCUGGUUCCUCAGAGAGACCGCUCAUGGCUCUGCUACCACACAGCUCUCAACCAGAGGCUCCCAGUUACUUGAAGGACUUGUGUCUCAGCUGCUGGAACCCUCCUCCAGGACACAGGAAGCUGCAGGGAGACUUCAUGUACAUCACAGUGGUCACUCAAGAGGGGCGCCGCUAUGACGUUACAUCCUGUCCGAAAGGUUUCUUCCUGAACAGGUCCACAGAAGAUGUCUUUGAUCCUCGUCCCGUCCAGUCCUCUCCAGUUUGUCACUGCUUCACUGACCUGCUCUCUCACAUCAGCCCUGCGUUCAAACAAGCCUUCACCACACUGAAAAGCAGGCCUCAGCAGUCUCCAGUGGAGGAAAGUCCCACUGCUUACCACACACUGAGCUGGCUCGGGCCGCCCUGUGCCUCACGCAUUCACAAAAACACCUUCAGUCGACUGGGAGUGGAUGAACAGGCGGCAACACAGGCUCCAGACUGGAAUGAGGAGUUACAAGCAGCCAGAGAUCUGCCGGAACGAACCCUGGAGGAGAGGCUGCAUCGAGACAGAGCACUGCUACAGAUCAACAGUGCAUUUGUGAAGGUUGUCAUGCAAGGGGCCGAGACCAUCAUCGAUGGCUUUGUUGAGCCAGUUAAUGGAAACCCGGAGGACCCGGCUUUCCUGUGGGGAGGGCUGUAUAUGAGCCAGGGGGCUGCAGGUGCAGUGUUUGGCGGUGAACGGGGUCGCAGGGCUGCUCAGAGGAUGGAGCUCACUUGUGUGCAGGCCUACAGUAACUUAGAGGAUAUGCAGGGGCUCCACACUUUACCGACGGCUGUUGUAGACUACAGAGGGGUGCGUCUGUCAGCUCAGGGUCUCGCCCCUGGUUUGGAGAGCUCAGAACAAGAGGAGGAAGUCACUCCCGCAUCGAGAGGUUUGCUGUACGGGAUAAAUGCAGGACCCCAAGAGUCCCCUCAGCGUAGAAAGCUACUUGGAUUCUUAGCUUCAGCAGCCAAAGCUCUGUUGCUCCAAAAAAACGUUGUGGUGGCGCCCAGCGGUCACAGAGUGCCGCUCUUCACGUCCGUGGACGCUCAGGGACUGGUGGGCGCCGACGGGAGGCUGUACAUACUGGAUGUGUUCAGGAGCCUCCCAGCUGAUGCGAACUUCUGUCCGGAGGCGGAGACAGAAAGUCCACCAGUUACUGGAGAAGAUGAAAACAAUCCGAGUAAUCAGAGCUGUAAAGAUGGCGACGACAAGAAGGAAUGUGAAGUUGGAGGUUGGCCUGAGGACUACCUCUCCAACCACGGGCUCCCGAGAAGCUUUCCCCAUGGCCUCUGCAGACUGAGGCCUGAGCUGAUGAGAGCAUUCGUCCAGCACAAACACUGCCAGUUCACUCAGUGUGUCAAAGAGAAUCUGGAUGAACAUGGAGGUUUUGAAGAAUGUGCAACAGCUGGUGACGCUCGAGCCACCGAGGCAGUGCGAGCGGCGUGUAAGGAAGUGGGCUCCGUCAGUAACAUCAUCUUCGAGAUGCGGUUUAACCCAAACGUAUUUUCCCCAGGGGUGACUUUCCCUCCCGCUGAAAGAGAAUCAGUAAAUCUGCAGGAGAGGUUACUGAAAGAAGCUGCCGCUUUCAUCCUCACUCACCAAAUACCAGAUUUCGUGCAGUUUUGCUUGCACAGUAAUGAAGCGCCGAUGGAUGGAAGCACUCUGAAGCAGACACUACACCAGAGAGGCAUCAACCUCCGGUACCUGGGCCACCUCAUCAAGGCUAUCGCUCAGUCAGAACACAGAGAGCGCCUGAGGCAUAUCAUGAGAGUCGCCAUCGGUGAAGUCUUCAUCCGCUCAACCAGGAGAGUCUUCAACAGUUUCCUUCAGGGUGUGGAUGUGCCGAAUGCCUCUGCAGCUGUCAGUCACUUCCUCGGAUGCCUAUUGGUUCCCCACUUCACACCCCCUCCUGUGGGAGAGGAGGCGAAGAAGAAGUCGAGGCGGCGCGGCGGCCGGGGGGCCGGGGCCGGGGCCGGUGCCGGGGCCGGGGCCCCUGAAAACACGCCCUGGAGUACGCUCACAGGUGCUGAGCUGUGGAACCUGGUCUGUCAGGACGCUGCGGAGACGUACAGCAUCUCCGACUGCCUGGGCUCGGGCCUCAACCACCUGGUGGAACACUACGGCCUCCAGAAGCUCUCCUUGCUCAGGGAGUUCUGCUUAAAGACUGGAGUACAGCUGAAACUGAAAGACUACUUCCUCGACAACCAAAGCAAAUCCCCCAUUAGUCCAGACGACAUCCUCAACAUCUUCCCUGUUGUCAAACACGUCCAUAUGCCAAUGGUGGACGCUGUGAAGGCGUGCGGCGCUGCACAGACGUCUAUUCAGAAGGGUCUGCUGGAUCAGGCCCUUGAACGCCUCAAAGAAGCAUCCUAUCUGUUUGGCAGAGUGUGUGACAACCUGCACCCUGAGGCCUGCUACUGUCACAGCAUGAUGGCCAAAGUGUCGUACAUGCAGAAGAAGACAGCCGAGGCUCGCAGCAUCCAGCUGAAAGCCGUGGUCAUCAGCGAGAGGGUGCUCGGCUUCGACCACCCCAACACCAUCCAGCAAUACGUCCUCUUGGGCGUGUACAUGUUUGCUGGAGGGGAGACGGCCCUGGCUCAGAAGUGCUUCCUCAGAGCUCGCCUGCUCAUGUUGACGGUCCACGGAGAAGACCAUCCAUACAUGGCGACGCUGGACAGCUGCCUUGGCCUGGUGAUGGCAGAAGACCACAGUGGGAAGUUUCUAAAGAACGCUUUGAGACUCAACACCUCCUUCUUUGGCCCCACACAUCCUGCCACUGCUCUCAGUCAGCACCUGUUGGCUCAGUGGCUGUGCAGUAAAGGCGACUACAGAAGCGCCAUGACGCAUGAGAAAGAAGCCCUCACUGCUUUCACCUCACUGUAUGGGGAAGAAAACACACAGACAAAAAGCAGCAAAGACUUUCUGAGUGUUAUCACCAAGCAAGCAGUGAAGGUGGAACGCACCCUCAGACAGGCAGGAGCCGAGAGCCAAGAGCAAACUGUGGAGUGUAUAAACCCAACAGCGGACACCAUCGUGGAGCAGAUGGUUCUGGCCACAGGGAUCAGAAGGAUUGCACAAAGUGACAAAUUCCAAGAGUACAAGCAGAAACAUCUGGAAAGAAAAGCUGCGGCGAGGAGGGAGCUGGGAAUCGACGACAUGAGCAAGCAGGUCGCCCCACAAACUGUAAACGGGGGAGAGGAAAACUCGGAGCAAGAAACAGGAUGCGGGAAGGAAGCAGAGGAGGCAGGAAACCCUGUGAUGGAGAAUACCACCCAGGGCCAAGAGGAGGAACCGCUGGAGGAGACAUCUGUGAAGAGUGCCGCCGCAGAUUCGACCAGCAGUCACGUGAAGGAGGCGGCUGAGCAAAGCCAGCCCGAGGAGCAGACGGGUGCCGACAGCGAGAGCUCAGCCUCAGAGGUUGAGGCAGUAAACGGAGCAACGUGUGACGAGUUGAAGUCAGAGCCAGGAGAGAAAAACGGUGAAAUAAAUGGAGAAGCAGAAAUCGCGACGAGCCCGCAGGCCCCUAAAAGUCCGCUGACCUGGGCGGAUGUCGUCGUCUCAAAGGCGAUCGUCACCAACGGAACGGAAGGGAAAGCUGAAGUGGUGAACGGUGGAGAAGACGGAGUCGCUGUCAAUGGGACGGCCGAAGAGUGAGCAUAUAGCAAACAUGAAGCGAUAGCUGAGUUUACCAGGAAUCACUGCUGUAAGGUAAAACUCUCCCAGGAGUCUCGAUGUGAUAUGAUCUACUGAACACAGAAGAAAGAGUCAGAUUGCAGAAAGGAAGACGAUUGCUUUGUGUUGAAGACGUUACAUUAAUACUGACGCUGGGAGAUAGCUGUACUGUUAAACCUUUCUGUUUUUGUUUUUUUUUUUUUUCCCCUCAAAUAAUAAACUUUGUACUCCUGUGUGUUAUA